AUGAUAGUAUCUACCCCUCAGUGGCCGGAUCCGGACACGAUCCAAUCGGUUCGGUCAAGGGCAUCAGAACUAUCCCGACAGUUCUCCUACGGCAGCACAGCAUCUCAUAUUAGCACCCCUGGAAGAACUCCAUUGCUCAAAGAACCCCAAGAUACAACACAUAAGAGACAACAAAGCAAUCCCUUCAGUGUUCUAUAUGACCCGAACUCGCCUCAUAGACAGCACCCAUCUCCAACUAAAUCCCCAGCAUACAUUGAUAUCGAAAAUGGUAUCCAUAACGGAAGAUCACCUGUCGAUGCAUUCACAUCUUCCCAUAACAGACACCCAACAGUGACCCUAAUAGAUGACUCUGAGCUUCGGCGGGGUAACUCUGUGAUCUCGAGGCUGGCCUCCAUGAGACAUAGACAUGGAAUCAGGAAGAGGACCAAGAUGGUUAGAAGAGAAGACCUACCCGAAGGUCUAAUAGUCGAUGAGCUGACAACUUCAGGCGGAGAAUCAAAAGGACGGAAGAAGAAGCAACCGAAGUUAUCUUUUUUGUUUCCAGUACGCAGAAGAAGGUCCUUCAACUACUAUCCAAUUAAGACGGCACCCAAAUUUUCAUCUGAGGACGAGUUUGAAAACUUUCUCAACACACACGGCGGAGAAGUCAUGAGAGAAAUUCUACCGCAGUCCAUGGCUGCCUACCAGUUCACGAACAUCAUUAGUCUUAUUCCCACGAUCAACAUUUAUCCACAAUUGAUGCAUAUGCCCCCUCAACAACCCAUCUUCCGGGACAGUGAGCAGCAAAAAAGUGAAAUUUUGGCUUCGGAGAAAUCGCCGCUUCCACAAGAGAGAUCCCUAGCACCCCCUAGGAUUCAGAGACCACAGCAACUCACUUAUAGCGAUAAUGUUCAGUACAAGGAGAGAGUAUUCAGGGAUUAUAGACAGGCAGCGUUUGAAACAAAAAGCAGCAUUCCACCAAAGCUUCAUGUUUUGUUUCCCCUUGAGGCACAAAGCUUCACCAGCAAGGAGAAAGAACAGCUCGAGACCAGACUUCUUUUUGAGAUCCUUAUGAGAAGAACAAUCGCAGCAAAAAUCGACUUCAGGCUUAAGCAGCAGGGCUUCCAUAAGAAAGAGAGAAAACCAAAAGAGAAGCCUAGCCAGAAUUUCCUGUCUUCCUCUUCCUCGGGUCCCUCCGAUCGCCCGGACAAGCACGUCGGUAAGAGAAGCCGUCGUGAGCCUAGGACCCCACGAAACACGAAACCUGCUAAAGAGUCAGAUAACCAAAAUGCCUCGCUUCUUUCUGAUCCACUUCCAUCUCCACAAAUCAGCUUCAAUGCUAACAUGUUUGAUCCAGUGUACAACAAUUCGCCCGUGAGUAUCGGGGAUUGGAAACAAAGAUAUAUAUCUUCGCUCGAUAAGUCGCCUGGUAGAGGAUCAGGCAACUCACAUUUGGUAACCAACGGCAACGGACAUCGCAAGACACCAUCCCAAACAUACGUUUACAACUUUGAUAAUGUUGACCUUGUCUCUAAAAGAGAGCGCUCAACGCCCAACUUAUCGAAUGUUGCACUUUAUUCAAUGCAACCGGUAACAAGAUCAGAAGCAACAUUCACAUCAUCCGAGGAAAAUUCUGCAGAGCCCAUGUUACCGAAUGCCUACUCACAUAGAACUUCGGACUCGACAGCUGAGACUAAGAGUAAUUCUCGUGGGUCUGCCUCAACUGAUCAGUGUCCAAAUCAGGAGAAACGAACAUCGGAAUCUACAACCAACACCUCAGUUCUUCAGAGUUUGGAGGACCUCUCCGAAUCCGUUUUCCACUACUUGCGAUCCGAAGGCGCCAUGGUACACCACAGGUAUUCACUCGAUGUGGCCCUGGGUGUCAACCCUGAGUCGUUGUAUAACUCGCCGGAUCCUUCCAAAGCUUCUACAAACCCAUUCUCCCCCAAAUCUCCCCGUCCAAACAGAAGAUCACCGCCUCAUAAUGUCCCAACGACGCCAUCGGCGAUCGGUGAAAACAAUUAG